UUUGAGCUUCCGGAUAGAACUAAUUCAAUUCAAUAUGCUAAAAUAUGCCAGGCCAACUAGGAUUUUUUAGAUAGUACAAAUUCACUUUCACUUGCCUACUGUUUGAGUCGUUCAAUUUCGUAUUUCUAUCUACGACAGAUACAAUUCCAGAAUUUUGAGAUCCAAGAAUGCCUGGGAUUUGGCUGAAAUUCGACAUGCCUUGUUUGCACAGCAUUUGAAUCAUUCGACAUCGUGUGCUCGUAGUUCACAGUUCAUACUAGAAACAAUACAGUCAAGUUUAUAAUAAAAAUGUUGAUAAUUAUCAUUAAACAAAAAUCUAAGAGAGAUGUGCAAUUUAGCAUUUCCAAUUAUGAAACCAUUUUUAGUUUGAAAAAAAAGAUUGAAAAACGUAUGGGGAUUCCUGCCGGACAAUGUGACAUUUGGUCAACAGACGGAAAUACCGCAGACGCCGAUCUUAUAUUGGAAAUGUCAGGAGUUCAGGACGGUGCAAAUAACGACAGUCGACCGGUUAUAUCAGUCUAUAACGGUAUUAAUUUUGUGGGUCGGCUUGUGGUGAUCGAAAAGGGCAAAGAGACUGUGUCGCCGGUAAGCAGCAGCUUGUCAGUGCUGGAACAAAGUUCAGAUUCCAGCAGUGAAUCUAUCAAAAAAUGUAUACAACCACAGGCUCAGAAACGAAAAAUAAAUCAUGAUUUACCUGCGGAGAAUGAGAGUCCAUGCGAUAUUAAAUCUCGUGCUUCUAGUUCAGAUGAGGAAGAUGAUCAGCCAACGGACAAAGAAGCAAGCAAUGAUGCACCAUUCGUUGAUAUUCUCCCGGAAAAGAGGUCAUUUGUUGUUGUCAUCUCGGCGUCCGCCUGCAACAACAGAGACUUCUGCAAACUAUUGAAUGAAUUUUUUAAAAGCUUUGCUGGAUACAGAAACGUCGGAUGUCUAAAGUUCAAUAAAGAAACACCGGUUCAAGAAUAUAGUGGAAGGCUUACGUUGCGGCAGCAAACGAGAGUACGAUGGAUUGGGUGCUGGGUGUCAUCUGCAAAAAAGAUAAUUACGAAGCUGUUCCCCUUACGGAAUUUUUACAUCUCUUACCAGCUCGAGUCAUAGUGACAAAGUAGAAAAAUGCUUAAGUAAAAUCUUUGAAAUGCUCGAACGACAAAAUAAUAAUAUACAAACAUACAAAUGGUCUGUUAUCGAUAAAAACGAUUUGGAUCCAUGCUCCAACGAUAAUAUUACGAAAGUAUGCGUUAAUGAAGCGAUCGAUCUAUACAUGGACGCUGACAGUAUUGAGACUAUUAAAAACAGAUGCUAUCAUUUGAAAUAUAUCUUCUGGAUUGUCAAAUUCAUGUUUUGCGAGUAAUUGUCAAAUUUACAUUUAUUUUAUUAUAUUUCAUUAUAUUUCCAAAUUGUAGGCAUCACCUAGUCAUACUAACAUACAUAAGUCCCACAGUGGAUCCUCACACUACCAAGUUAUCUCAGUUAUCUACAUUUAUAAGAUCCACAUACACAUACAUGUAACCAUCUAGAAUAAGCUAGCAAUAAGAUAACUCAAUAAAUCAGUUCUUGUGCGACAAUUGA